GAAAACUUGUGUGGCGCGUCGUCCAAAUUAUGGACGUGCCAUCAUUGGUUGUACGAUUUCUAUUUUAAUGGUGUCGAGCUUCGUUCAUCACGGCGAACAUGGUGUAUUCUACUUAUUCUUACGCAACAAAUUUAAUGUAACAUUGCAACAGUACACUUACUUCAAUGCUACGCAAAUAACAAUUAAAAUGGUAGGCUGCAGUAUAGCAGUUACGGUGUUAAGAAAGAUUUUCAAAAUACCCUUUGGCAUCAUCGCUUUGAUGGGUCUAGCUGGACAUAUGCUGGAAUGUCUAACCCGUGCGUUAGCACAGAGCUUCUGGCAGAUGUAUGUGGCAUCGUCCUUUGGAAUUUUAUCAGGCAUUACAACUCCAAUGUUGCAAGCAAUUAUAUCUUUAGCGGUGCCAUCAAAUGAAAUUGGCAAAGUCUAUUCCUUGGCGGCAUGUUUGCAAACACUCUCGCCCUUAAUUGCAGCACCUUUAUAUACUUUCGUAUAUAGCCACACUCUUCAAACGUUUCCAAGUUUCUUUAAUUUUAUUAGCUCUGGACUCUAUGGGGAGUGCUUUCUUGUAAUGAUCGUGAUAUCCAUUUUCGAACGACGAGUUGCUAACCGACCAAGCCAAGCCGAAGAGGAAAAAGGACAAAAAACGAAAAAGUCCCUAUCGGAAGAGCCCAAACUGGAAAAACUUUUAGAAAAUAACGUUUAA